ACAGGAGACAGGAAUCUCACAAAGAGUAAAGAGGGUUUCUCGUUGAAAAUUGUUGUUUCUGCUGUUGUAGAUAGACAUGUUUAUAAUAUUAUUGGUGCGUUUGCACCGUUAGCGCAAUUGCUUAGUAGUUUAUGGAAUUUAAAUAAUAAAAUCGAAAGACAUUAAAUGCUUUGGAAGUGUAUAAGGGAAGACAGUUUCCUUGAACAAAGACUUGUUAUACUCUGUUGUGCUGAAAAAACUAAAUAUAUCAAUCGCCCUACAGUGAAACAAAAUUGUAUAACAUAUUUUCAUAGUUUAUAUCUUUCAGCAGCAAUAUAAGACGAAUUUUAAGAACAAGGAGAUAGCGUUCUAACUAUCAAUUAAUUUCCAGAUAUAAUAUACCUACUUAAUUUUACGAGAACAGCUUUAAUUCUGACUUUUUAUUAUAUCUUAACAAAAUUUGAAGAUCUGUAUUUCUUAUUAGAACUAUAUGUAUGCGUUUUCUGUAAUGGCAAAAGGUGUAUAAUGAACAUUAGCGAAAGUUUUUGCAAGACUUGUUUACUUGGAUAUUUUGAUAUAAAAAAGUAUGGCAUCUUAAACUACGAAUGGUGUACUUGUCAAGAUAAUAAAUCUAAUUUAUUAUCACUCACUAAUAUUAAAAGUGUGAAUUGCUCAGUAGCUCAGAAAAAUUACUGUGAUAAAACAAUGGAAGAUAUGCAGUUAAGUAAUAAUAUUCGAACCACCGCAAGUGGUAUAAAUGAAGAGUCAAUUUCCAAAGAUUAUGGUCAAUCCGAAAAGAAACAUGACACUGCUCUAAAUACCUGGACGUGCAAACGAUGUACCUUGUUGAAUAAUGAAAAUACAUUAAUAUGUGAAGCUUGUGAAUCCCCUUAUAAUCCUGAUUUUAACUACAAUAUUAGUUCGAAUGUUGUUAUUAAGGUUGAUAACUGGGCAGAUAAUGAAGCUCUCCGUAACUCAAGCGAGAGACCUACAUAUCGUAGGUCCUUCUCAGAAUUGUCAUCUUCAUCUAAUUUCAUUCCAAAUAUAAGCCGAAGGAGUCUCAACAGUGAUAUCUUGCAUUUAAACGUUCCAAAGUCGAGUAAUUCCAUGACUGACAUUCAGUCAACACAGUCGCAGCAUUCCCAUGUAUUUAGUGGAUUAACGAGAGAUCUCAGUAUGUCUAGAGGUAAAAAUUUAAAUCGUAGUACAAGUGAUAUACAUGAAGAAACCAUAAACGGGACUUUAUAUACGUAUAUUGGUAUGAUAGAUCCAGAGAAAGAAAAAACUCAUUUUUAUGAGAACCAGAGUAUUAUAAAUGCUUACAGACGGACAGGAAAUUUUGAUAUGAAUCGACAUGAGAAAAUCAUGAACACAUUGCAAAAAAAUAAUUCCUUCACUUCAUCAUGGCCAGGCAAUGAAAGAAGGUGGACUUGUCGGCAAUGUUCAUUUGCUUAUAACGAUAUAAAUGCAGACGAAUGUGAUAUAUGCAAUAGUUUGCGGUCACCGCCUUCUAUAAAUCAACCUUCUACGAUAACGGUUACAGAAGACAGAACAGCUUCUAAUGCUAUUUUGUCAUCUGCAUGGGGCGAUACUGAUUCUAUACAAGUUCCUAUUGCAACACUUGAUCAAGAUUUAGAGGAUGAUUUUCAGAUGCUGCCAGGUAUUGCUUCAACAGAUGAUCAAAAAUGGACCUGUAAAAAGUGUACUCUAAUAAAUCAGGGUUGCGCGUUAACUUGCGAGGCGUGUUGUGGUUCUAAAUUAAAAUCCUUAAGUAUAAAUCAAGACAAGACAUUAAGAAAAGGUGAAUUUUGGACAUGUUCUAAGUGUACGCUAAAAAAUCCGUUGACGUCACUUUUAUGCAAAGUUUGUAAAACAGAGAAAAAUGUUUUGGACGUGCCCGUUCCACCGAAAAGUUCAUCUCCAAAGAAUUUAAGACUUGCUAACAAAAACAGUAGAUCUAGUGCCGAAAAGAGUUUGGCUGUUCCGGCUGUUAAAAAUAAGAUUAAUUUACGUAGUGACAUUGAAUUAGUAGCUUCAGUUCCAAAUACGUCAAAAUCAUGCAAGGUUUGGACAUGCAUGAUAUGCACAUUUGAAAACGCUAAAUCUCAAUUUAUCUGUGAUAUGUGUCAGAAAUUGCGAAUGGAUCUCAGUUCUACGCCCCCCGAGGACCCACCUCGACUCACACAAGAAGAAUUAAGUAAUAAGCACUGGAACUAUAUAGUGAGAUAUUGUAAAUUAAAAAAACAGAGUUAUGUUGAUGAUGAUUUUCCACCUAUGCCUUCAAGUUUGUAUUAUAAUGUUAAUGAUAAUAAAGAUGCAUAUACAAUAAAAUGGCGCCGGCUAAAAGAUAUUGUAGUCGACGAAAAGGAAAUUGAACUGCCUUGGGCUGUGUUCAGAACUCCUCAACCAUCAGAUAUAUCUCAAGGCGUUUUGGGAAACUGUUGGUUAUUGAGUGCCUUAGCUGUUUUAUCAGAAAGGGAAGAACUUCUCCGCGCUAUUCUUAUCACACGAACACAUUGUCCCCAAGGAGCGUAUCAAGUUAGGUUAUGCAAAGAUGGAGUUUGGAUCACAGUAUUAGUUGAUGAUUAUUUUCCGUGCGAUAAACGUGGCCAUUUACUUUAUUCUCAGGCAAAACGAAAACAACUUUGGAUACCGUUAAUCGAAAAAGCUGUAGCUAAAAUACAUGGAUGUUACGAAGCGUUAGUAUCGGGUAGAUCACUAGAAGGUUUGGCAACGCUUACCGGCGCCCCUUGUGAAUCAAUACCAUUGCAAAUAUCGUUAUUUCCAUCGAAUGAAGAAGAGUUGGACACAGAUCUCAUAUGGGCACAAUUGUUAUCAUCCCGGCAAGCAAUGUUUUUAAUGGGAAUAUCUUGUGGCGGAGGUAAUAUGAAAGUGGAUGAAAAUGAAUAUAAUUCAAAGGGACUUAGGCCUCGACAUGCUUAUUCAUUGCUUGAUGUUAGAGACAUAGAUGGUUACAGAUUAUUAAAACUUAGGAAUCCUUGGGGUCAUUUUGUAUGGAAAGGCGACUGGUCAGAUAAUUCUUCUCUAUGGAGCAGGUAUCUUAAAGAAGAAUUAUUACCAGAUGGACCACAAGACGGCACAUUUUGGAUUUCAUUCAAUGAUGUGUUGAAGUACUUUGAUUGUAUAGAUAUUUGUAAAGUUCGUAAUGGAUGGAAUGAAAUUAGGUUGAAUGGCAUCCUACCACCACUAGCCAGUCAGCAAUAUUUAUCAUCCAUCUUACUUACUAUUCUGGAACCUACCGAAGUAGAGUUUACAUUAUUUCAGAAAGGGCAGCGAAAAUCUGAAAAAUCCCAAAGAGCACAGCUAGAUUUGUGCGUGGUUUUAUUUAAGGCCCGACAAGGAAGUACAAUAGGAAAUCUAGUAGAUCAUAGUAAGCGUCAAGUUAGAGGUUUUAUCGGAUGUAGUAAAAUGUUGGAGCCUGGAGAAUAUAUUAUAGUCCCGCUUGCAUUUAAUCAUUGGCAUACCGGGUUAGAUGAUUGUGUUGCCUAUCCAAAAUAUGUUUUAGCGAUUCAUAGCUCGAAAAGACUUCUGGCCGAGCAUAUUAGGCCACCGAAUUUUAUUUUAGCUGACUCAAUAAUAUCUUUGACUUUAGCUAAGGGCCAGCGUCACGAAGGCAGGGAGGGUAUGACUGCGUAUUAUCUUACAAAAGGAUGGGCGGGACUAGUUGUCAUGGUAGAAAACCGACACGAAAAUAAAUGGAUUCAUGUCAAAUGUGACUGUCAGGAAAGUUAUAAUGUUGUAUCAACAAGAGGUACAUUAAGAACUAUCGAUUCUGUACCGCCUUUGACUCGACAGGUCAUUAUCGUCUUGACUCAGUUGGAAGGCAGUGGAGGAUUCUCAAUAGCUCAUAGACUGACACAUCGAUUAGCAAACUCACAUUCUUUGUGCGAUUGGGGCCCAAUUGGAGCUUUCCACGUACCUGAAUUAGAUUAUCAAACGAGCGGAUUGCAUUCACCUCGAUUAUUUUAAAGAUUAAAUUAGUUUGAUACCGCAAGAAUUUUGAGGCACUCUCGAUUUCAACAUGCUUUUGUAAAUAUAUUAUGUUAAAUACUCGGUUUGUACCGCUUUUACAAUUGUUUUGCUCAAGUUAUGCGAUCGGUUCUUUUUUAUCUCUUUGUAAAAGAUCAUAAAUAGUUAUAGGUAAGUGGUAUAGUUAAGGAAAAGAAUAUAAUAUAUGAGCGAAGUGUGGUUUGGUACCCAUUUGUUAUUAGCGAUCGACACUUGUAAUUUAUUGCUCUUGUCUGUUUAUAAUUUAUAAUUUUGUUAUUUAUUUUUUAUGGUAUUAGGAUUAAGAUGAAAAGCACUUGUAUUUUAACUAUUUUUUGUAUGAUCACGUGAUUAAAAUAAAACAGUGUGUUUGCUUAUGUCCUCU